AUGAAUGCUUCAGUGGCCCAUCCCUCUUUACCCAGGGUUCUGGUGUUCAUUUGCCUGAUAUUUACUGCUUGCGCUCACGCUACAGCAAAUUUUACCAUUGUCAAUGGUCAAAUAUAUACACCAGGUUUAGCAAUCAUCGAUGCACCUCAGCCAUUUACGCCUGAAGGGGGUGACUUCCUCCAGGUCGCUCUUGAUAUCUCAGGAGAUGGCCGGAUCCCCCAGCCUCCGUACUCUCCUAGCGUUGAGACCGAGAUUCUCAAUAUCACCAUGUUUUUGUUCAGCUAUGUUACGGGCCUCAAUUUGACGAUAUCGAAUGGCACCAGCUUUCAGAAUGCGGGAUGUGCGGAGAUUAUGGCACAGGAGAGUGGCAGUACCGUGAAGCAUGUCAACUGGGCAUGGCCUGACUGUCUGGUUGGGAAUGGUGACGACGAUUCCGGGAGCUCAUCCGAUAGAGGCUCUUAUAAUGUCUCGAUCCAUCAAUCGUUUCGAAUCAAUGGGACCGGAUACUACACAAUCUUCAACCUCCCCAUCCAGGUCACCAAUUCCAUUCCUAACACCACGCAGCUGGCAGCCAGUGGAACUCGCCCUUCGUGUGCACUCCGAAACAACCUCCUGCAAAAUCAGACGAGCCAGGAUGUGAGCGUGUCUCCUCCAUCUUCUCAGCCGUAUUUCGGCGGUGCUCUCAGCGUUGAGGGCGGGACCCAGAAUCAAGCAGUCGCGGGAUUGCGCGUUCCGAAUGGCAGCAUGGCAGGACUCUCGACCCUCAUUUUCAUUGUUCUUACUUCACACCUGACGCUGUAA